GUCGGCGAACAGGAAGUUCCGGGCAGGCGUCAGCCAUAAUGAAAGUGCCAGAACUGUUCUCUGAAGACGAUAGGUUUUAUUUCCGUUUCAAAUGUAUUACUAACAGGUAUGUCAUUGCACGUUUAAACUUUAUAAUAUCGAAAUAACAUGUCAGGUCACAAAUCCGUCAAGUUAAUAUCGCGUUUGUUAAUAAAGGUUUUAUGACGUGUUAUUGUUGUGCUAAACCGAGUGAAGAACGUGCUAAAAAUAUAUAUUGUUAGUCAUAUAACGUUAGUUACCUAGCUGAAGUUAGACUUUGGGUUUAAUUUACAUUAUUUCGUCAAUGUAAUUUCAUAAAGAAUCAAUUGAUUUGAGAUUUCUGAGUUCGUUUGACAUGUUUAUUAUUCUGAUUAUUUCCAUAUGUUUAUGAGCUGGUAAAAUGGCGGCGCCUCUCGGUCUGAGUCAAUAGACUUGCAGGCUGUGCGGCUGCACCAGAGAGACAGUUUCAGGGUUGUUUUACUGUUUAGAAGCAGAAUGUCAUGUUCAUCUGAUUUCUACAUGUCACUGUAACAAUAUUCAGACACAUUCAGUUGUUUCUAUAUUAAUCGAUAGUAGUUACUAUGGUGUGAAUGGGGAAAUACAAUCGUUUUUUUUGUGGGUGAAAUAAGUAGAAAAUAGUGCAUCAAACAAACUGCAACCUUGUAUUAAACGUUUAUUUAUGUGAAUUUAAUCUACUUAAUAUUAACUGCACUUAACACUUAACUCAACCCCCCCCUGAAUGCUUGCUUUUGGACAUUGUCUUCAAUAAAAGAGGCCUGGUGUGUGGAGGAAUAGUAUAUUUCGGGGGACUAAUCAACAAUAAAAUCACAGCACAGCCAUUAAACACGUUUGGGAUUAACACGUGCAGAGCAUAACCUUUCACAGUAUUUACACCAUCCCAGCAACUAUCAUAGAAAUACAGUAUAACUUUGCUCUGUGCUUCCUCCCAGCAUGCACUUGGUAUUCUAUAGGCUAUGGAUCAUUUGAUUGGCAUCACACUAAAUAGCCUAUAGUCCCACUUGAUAUUGUCCAGCAGAGAAUCAGAGAUGAGGGGAGGCAUCAGCCACACAUUGAUUUAUUUAAGCGAUAAGGUCAGAGGGGGUUUGUUAUAUGUCCAAUAUACCACGGAUAUGGGCUGUUGUGGAGGGCCUGGAUACAGCCCUUAACCCUGAUAUAUUGGACAUAUACCACAAACCCUUGAGGUGCCUUAUUGCUAUUAUAAACUGGUUACCAAUGUAAUUAGAACAGUAAAAAGGAAUGUUUUGUCAUCCCCCUGGUAUAUGGUGUGAUAUGCCAUGGCUGUCAGCCAAUCAGUGUUAAGGGCACGAACCACCCAUCAAUUACAAAUGGCAUGACCCUCUUCUGGACUAGAUUAAAACAAUACUCAACCCUCCCCUUGACUGAGAUUGAAAAAGCACAACCCUCAUUUUCCUCCAGAUUAAGUCUGAGGCUGGUAACAUCAACAGUGAGGACAAACACAGCCUGCCACUCUCCUUCCACACUGAAUAGAAACCUACAGUCACUGGGUCCAGAUUGUGACAGUGGAGCCCAGUUUGCACUGCAGGAUCCAGAGAUGGCAUCAGUGAAGCUGGAAGACUGCAGUCAAACACUGGAGCUGAAUGUCAACAUUAAAGAUGAAGAAGAGGAGGAGAAGAUUGGAGACCAUGUUGAGACAUUCUCUACAUCCAGAGAGCAACAGCAGGAAGAUCACAGAGCUAAGAGGUCUCACCACUGCCCACAUUGUGAGGAGAUUUUCCCAUUUCUAUCAAAGCUAAAAAUACAUCUAAAAAUACACACAGGAGAGAAUCUGUAUUCCUGUACUGACUGUGGGAAGAGAUUCACAACAUCAAGGGCUCUGACACUUCAUCAGAGAGUGCACACUGGAGAGAAGCCUUACUACUGCUCGUACUGUGGGGAGAGUUACUCUCAACAGAGCAACUUCAAAAAACACCAACGUCUACACACAGGAGAGAAGCCUUACUCCUGCUGUGACUGUGGAAAAUGCUUUACAACGUCAUCUGAGCUAACAGUUCAUCAGAGAACACACACUGGAGAAAAGCCUUACAUCUGCUCUGACUGUGGGAAGAGGUUCUCCCACCUGUGUAACUUUAAAGCACACCAACGUAUACAUUCAGGAGAGAAGCCAUACUCCUGUUCUGACUGUGGGAAGAGUUUCUCCCGAUUGUAUACCUUAAAAUCACAUGGACGUAUACAUACAGGAAAGAAGCCUUACUCCUGUUCUGACUGUAGGAAGAGUUUUUCUCACCAGGGUAGCUUUAAAGCACACCAACGUAUACAUACAGGAGAGAAGCCAUACUCCUGCUCUGACUGUGGGAAGAGUUUCUCUCAACAGAGCAACUUAAAAACACACCGACGUAUACACACAGGAGAGAAGCCUUACUACUGCUCUGACUGUGGGAAGAGUUUCUCUCAAGAGAGCAACUUAAAAACACACCAACGUAAACACAAAGGAGAGAAGCCUUACAUCUGCUCUGUCUGUGGGAAGAGUUUCUCUCUACAGAACCAAUUAAAAACACACCAACAUAUACAUAAAGGAGAGAAGCCUCGUCAGUUCUCUCAGACCAGCUGAGAUUAAAAUUUAGUGAUGGAGUGAUUUAUAUCUGAUUGCUUGACUUGGACUGAAAUAGGUGCCGACACUUUAUAUUUAGCUUCAGGACCUCCACAAUACUUUUGAGCUCAUCUAUAACAGGAACAGGAAGCAGUAGAACAUUUGAGGGCCUGGUACUCCGCUCUGUUGAGUUCCUGCCCAAGUCAAGCGCCGGAACUCACAACAUGUAUCAGAUAGAGAUGGUGUGAUGAUCAGUCACUAUUAGUUUGGGGGGAGGUUGGUUUUUAUUACAUAGUUACUUGUUUAAUGAUACACAGCCUCUGAAACACCUACAUGUGUUUAUUAAACUGUCUUUUACAACUAGGUUAGUUAUUAUAGUUAUUCAUCAUCAAUGGGUUUGGAUAAAUACAUCCAGUGGCUUUACUAGUCCUGGGCUUUCGGGGCUUCAGCCCCGGAUGUUUUAGGCCCCACACUUUGGAUGGUAAAAAAUAUAUACUGUGUAUCCGUAAUUCUGACCCUUCCCUUUUUCAAUUUUUUUUUACAUCCUUAUUCUAAAAUUGAUAGUGAAAUUUCUUGCAUAUGUAUUAAAAAUUUAAAAAACAGAAACCUUC